GCAGAGGGACUGCUGCAGUGCGAGCGUAGCGGGGGGGGGGGACUCCGCUCCACUCAGCAAUACACACACUCAUCAUACACGCACACACAUACACACGCAUGGACACGCCACAGAAACGUCCCUAAGUGAAUUAUUGUUUGUCCUAUGUGGAGCUCCACGGUGGGACCGCGCCGACGCAGGCCGACAUGGACGACUAUCUGCGGAGGGUGGACUGCAGACUCGGGGCGUGGAGUGACAAGUGUAUCCAUGCUGUGCUAGGUGGUCCCGAGGCAGAUGUGGACACUGUGGCCGCCACGCUGUGCUUAGCGCUACACCUUAGUCAGAGGGAUCCCUCCCUGGGUGUGUGUGUGCCGCUGCUGUGCGGCCGGCGUGGGUCCGCCUCGCUGCCCGUGGAGACCCUGAGCUACCUACGCAAGAUCAAAGUGUGCGAGAGCCUCUUACUGUGGAAGGACGACCUGGACCUGAUGAAAUUCCAUCGGGCAGGAAAACUAUCAAUCACGCUGAUGCGGGACGGCCUGCUGGAUGGCUCUGAGAGCCGAGCUUUUGACUCCAGCAUCCUGCGAGUGGUCCAUCAUCAUGAUGAUGAUGAUGACUGCAGCCCGGCGUCCGCGGCGAUGACGAUCGCCAGAGAGCUUCUUCAAGAGGCACCCGAGCGAGUCGGACGGACGCUGAGGGAGAGUCUCGGAGAGGCGUUGCGGCUCCAAAGCGAAGCCUUCGUGCUCAAACAUGGCCGCCGGUGCUUGCAACUGGAUGAGCUGUUGAGACGCUUGGAGCGGUGUAGUGAUAGCAAGGGGAUGCUAAAAGGUCUGGAGCACCUGCUGUCCAAGGAGCUCAAGGAGUUCUCGGACGGCGAGACGACCAUUGCGCUCACCUCGGUCACAGUAGGUGAGGAGCACUGGCAUAGUUACGAAGAAGCCUUGAAAUCCUUCUGCAAUCGUCACGCCUAUGACGGACUGAUGCUUCUCUUGGCCAUUGAAGAUGCAAUUAUUCCUCCCCGCCUGCAGGUGGCAGUCUAUUCGUCAAAUAGUGAAUUCCUCAACCAGAUCUGCUGUGAGCUAGAGGAGACCACCAGCGUGUCUCUCUCUGGCGAACCAGAAACCAGGGGUGAUCUACAGGUCUACCAGGUCCAACUAAAUAGCUUCUCGCCUCUGGGCACGUCAUUGUUGUUGCUGGAGGAAGAGCUCCGUGGCCUCCUCAAGGAGUUUGCGGAUCGGCGGAGCUCCAUGCUAGCCUGUCGCCCCAGCAGCAUGACGUCCUCCACCGAGGGGGUGGCGGGCAGCGUGGAGUUCUCCCAGGGUUCGUCUGGCAUCAAUGACAUGGAAGGCUCAGACACAGAGAGAGCCGAGGGAGGUGCUGGAGAUGUGGUAGCAAUGGAGAGGGUGGUGCCAGAGGGUGAGAAUGAUCCAGGAGGAGUCCAAGCAAGUGUGGAGUUGGUGAGCCCCGACAGCGGUAUGAACACCAUCCGCAGCAGCCGCUCCUCCAAGGAGAGCUCAGUGUUUCUCAGCGAUGACAGCCCUGUUGCCGAGAUGAUUGGGUCAGCGGCAGGUCCCGGGGGCCUCCUGUUGAGGAACCCCUCCCCCUUGGGGCUGUUGUCCCUCUCACCUCCUGCACCGCCUGAGAGGAGGCGGCGUCAGCAUUCAAACAAAAAAAGGAAUGACCACUUUGAUCAGUUUCAUUUUGAGCCGCUCCAUCCGCAUCACGUCCUCCAGAAUUCCGCAGGAAAAACAGACAACGAUCAGCAAACGGCGGGGAGCUCCAGCCUCUCAGAAUAUGAGGAACUAAACACGGUGGAUUUCUCUGAUCCCAGUUCUUUGGGUGGUCUGGAAAGUAGGCACUCAUCUUCUGAUCCAGACUGUCAAGUCAUGGAAAUGAUGGAAACUGUGGUUCCUCCCACACCGGUCAAUAGCCUGGCAGGCGGUCACCCUUCCGGCAGCUGCGGCGCCAGGUUCUUCCCCGAAGACGUGGCAGAGAGGAUCAGCGGCCUGCAGCACAAGGACAGCGUCUCGUCAUCCUUGUCCGAGACUUGGGAGGAGCUCGGCUUCGACGCGCCUUCCUCGAAUGAUGCCUGGAGUAGAACCAGAGGGACAGAGAGUCCUCAGAAUCUGGAGGAAAUACGGUGCAAAGAGUCUGAUGGUGAAAAAACAAGUAGGGAAGGGAGGUCACAGAGGGACUGGAGCUUGGAACCGCAGCUUAGUUUGAUCACCGAACAGACAGAAUCAUAUGAAAACUGGAACCCGGAUUCUGAACUUGGUGAUCAAUGGAACCCCGUUACUGCGGCCGAUCUGCAGUUGACGCCACCGGAAGAGGAAGUUGAAAGCGAAGCUGGCGUCUUUGGAGUCAAAGAAACGACACUUCCUUCACAGAAGAAGAAAAUGAUACUCAACACUUUAACGCCAGACACAUCGAAGGAGGACAAUGAUGACGCACAGGAGAGUAAAGCAGGUAGAGCAAUGCAGACGCUGGAUUUUUGGACCUAUUCGGCACAGAAGGGUUUUCUGAAAUCAGAUAGCGGAACCACAACUUCAUACCCGGAAUCGCUUGACAUGUGGAAUACGACAAUCCGAGAUGACGGUUUUUCUCCACUCAUGACACCUUUAUCUGAAGACUCUGGAAACUUCGCUGGGGCGACUCCCAACGUGAGAGGAGGAGCUUCCUUGGAAAGCCCUCAGGGAUUCUCCUAUGGAAGCAUGGAAAUGUGGAACACAACCAUACAAGAAGACAGCUCUUCAUCCGCAAGCCCAGAAGCACCUGGGAAUGGGAAAGACCAAAGUCACCCUGACUUAGUGGACGGAAGGGAGACCACUGCAACCAAAAAGCAGGAAAGAGAAGCAGAAAGAGGAGAACAAGAAAAGGAUAUCGGACUGAUGGGUCAAAAGCAGAGUGUCAAAAUAGUAAUAGACGGAGAAGAAGGCGGACGGUCAGACCCAGUAGGGAAUCUUCCUGUUCCUCGCAUGGUCAUCUCCACUUCAGACUAUGACAAUGUAGGAGGCUGCAGUUGGAGCAUUUCAACUUCCCCUGAGAUUGACUGCGGUCCUGUCGUAGAUACGAUACAACUGGAAGAGCAGUCCAGCCCAUUCGUAGCCGUGACCAAACCCGCGGAAGACAAAACGGAAUCCGACGGAAGCAGUUCAGAUAAAGUCUUUCAUUUUGAGGAGCAGGGUGACUCGAGUUCAGCUGAGAAAACAGUCGAGAUUCAUUCUCCAUUUAUUCUGGUUGACAACUGUCAGGCAUUUCCAGAGGAUCAGCAGUCAAAUUUAGUGGAAAGUUGUGAAUAUCCAAUCCACAAUAAAGACUCUUUAUCUCAAAGCCCAGAUAGUUCGGCGAGUCUUGCGUCGAGUAAACCCAAAAGUUCUGGACCAGCGUCACCAGCCGACCGUCUGCCGCAAAGGUUUACUCUCACUGAUAAUCAAAGCCAAGAAUGUUCCAUGACAGAGGUAAUGUCGCUCAGCCCCAGUUCUGGUGUUGACGAAGAGACACUCCAAUUGAGCCCGGGCAGUCGAGACGAACUGAGGUCCAAUUCAGACGGGGAUUCGUCAUCGUGCCUUGAAAUGGAGUACAUUAUCGUUCCAGGAACAUUAAAGUCUCCCAAAGACACCGAAGGGCCAUCAAAAGGAUCUCGGAAGCCCAUGGAAACGUUUCACAUGCUUUCCUAUGCCGUUUCAGUGCUGAAAGCUCAGAAUCAGCAGACAGAGCAAAGUGGACAGAUCCAGAAUGAUCAUUCAACCGGCGAGGAUCAAAGUCUUACCCAAGUUUUCCAGUUAGAGUCAAGAUCAUUGUCUGGAAGUGAAACACAAUUGGAACAAGGCUCCUAUGAAGAUAAAUCCAACGUCUUUGGCAGAAGUAUGUCACCUUCAUUGAGACACCCAUCGGAUCACUUCCUCAAAACCAGAGAGGAGGUUUAUGUCCACUCUCAAAUCUCCAUGGAGGACUCAGGUUCAGACAGUGGCCACUCACCCGUCAACUCAUCUACACCCCAUCCCAACUUACAAGUCUGGGGGGAUUCGUUACCGAGACGAGACACAUCGCAAUCAUCGUGCAAUAGCUCCGCCAUCUCUCACACGAGCUCCUUGGUUAGUACGCCCGCCAGCGAAUCGGGCGUACCGAGCGACAAGGCCCUUGGAUUACCGUUUUCUGGAGAUUUGAUGGAGGAGGAAAAUGAUGAAGAGGGGCCAGAGGAAGAACCGACAAGGGUGCAAAGGGCUCACGAUCUGUUGAGUUUUACAGAGGAGCUAGUUCAAUGUUCUUCACUUCCACCAAACAGCGACCCAUUCCAAGGUGAUUCACUGGAUUAUGAUGAUGGACAAACUGAAAGGGCUGAUGAUUGCUUGGUUGAGCACCACAAGGGAGACCAUUGGGCCUCUCACCAAAACCGUUCUCAGAAUUUAGGAUGCCAAAAUAUGACAUCACAACUUUUACCCCAUCCGGCCAAUCAGAGAGCUACGAACCAGUGGACAACGCUUCAAGGUUCACCUCAGAGCGGUUACAAUUACCACCAUGUUGACCAAAGGACAGAAAACCAGGAAGGUCCCGAACCAGCGAGGAACACGUCAGACGUCUACGCCGAAUUUUCAACUCAAGUCCCUCAUGCAGACUUUGUAGUCGAGCGGGACGAAAGCUACUUCGAACCUUGUCAAUACGAGGACCCGGUGCGGGAGGAUUGCGUCCAGUAUGUGCCUGAGGGAUACGCCCACUUUCUCAUGUCCAGGCGAGAGCCCCAGGAGGAUCGGCCGGCAGAAGUGACGGCGACAACAAUGAUGAUGAUGAGGAGGAGGACAUCCAGUGAGGAAGCUGAGAAUGCAGAGCACGGGGAAGACCCUGCCUCGUCCGCAGACGUGUCGGGGGGCUCCAGUCAGAGGCGUAAGUUGGCGGCGCCGCCCAUGAACGUGUCGCUGGAGCGCAGCGAAGGCUCCCUGCUCUCCGAGGACGCCCUGGACACGGACGACGAGGAUGCGGCUCUCGACACCGGCGAUGACCUGGACGUGGACAUCGAGGAGCUGGACACGUCCGAAGAGGAGCGCGAUCCGCCCGUCCCUCCGGACGGGGUUAGCGAGGUGCUCGAGGAUGGCCGGCUGUGGAGGAGUGUCGUGAUUGGCGAGCAGGAGCAUCGCAUCGAUAUGAAGUGCAUUGAGGCCUACAAGAGGGUCAUCUCGCAUGGAGGUUAUUACGCCGAGCGCCACGCCAUCAUCGUCUUUGCAGCCUGCUUCCUGCCCGAUAGCGACUGUGACAGUUACAACUAUGUCAUGGAAAAUCUCUUCUUGUACGUUAUAAGCACCUUGGAGCUGAUGGUGGCAGAGGACUACAUGAUUGUCUACCUGAACGGCGCCACACCUCGCCGCAGGAUGCCUGGCUUCACAUGGAUGAAGAAGUGCUACCAGAUGAUUGACAGGAGGCUGAAGAAGAACCUGAAGAUGUUCAUCAUCGUCCAUCCUUCCUGGUUCAUCAGAACACUAUUAGGCAUCACCAGACCCUUCAUAAGCUCCAAGUUCUGCAGUAAAAUCAAGUACGUGGGCAGCCUGCAGGAGCUGGGACACAUCAUCCCCAUGGAAUACGUCCACAUUCCGCCCAGCAUCGUCAAGUAUGACCAACAGAGGGCGGCACACACAUUUACUUGCAUGAGGCUGGACACAGAUUUAAAGGACGCCUCAGGAAAGUCCGACAGAAAGAGAAGUUUGGCCAUUUGACAAAACCAGAGCUCCACUUGAGGCUGCUCGUCUUCCCGUGAGAAGGGAAGAGGUUGCGGCGAGGCGCUCGGAAAACACCGCAUCACUGUCGGAGAGAAAAGUGCUCUCCAGACUGCACUCAAAGAGGUUUACAUCGGAAUCCAUUCAUUACGACUGUAUCCACCACUUGACUAAUACGCCUUUUCUUUCACGAUACUGUAUCGGUACCAUUUUGGACCAUUAAUAACCUCUCAUGCAUCAACAGCUGUGGAGUCGGAGUUUACAAAAAAUUCAACAUACAAUAAAUCUCUGUACUGUA